CUUCAUUGAAAAGCCUCAUUUUGCGUCUUACACCCAAACAAACAAAACCCUAACAAAGCUUUUUCUCUCGCUUUCUGCAAUUUUCUAUUCAACUUUCUCGCUCGCUUGAAAAGAAAAAUGGCUUCCUUCGAAGAAGCACCACCAGGCAAUCCCAAAGCCGGAGAGAAAAUCUUCAGGACCAAGUGUGCUCAGUGCCACACUGUUGACAAAGGAGCUGGUCACAAGCAAGGACCCAAUUUGAAUGGAUUGUUCGGAAGGCAGUCUGGAACAACUCCUGGGUACUCUUACUCGGCUGCUAACAAGAACAUGGCUGUGACUUGGGAGGAAAAGACACUGUAUGAUUACUUGCUAAAUCCAAAGAAGUACAUUCCUGGUACUAAGAUGGUUUUCCCCGGACUGAAGAAGCCACAGGAACGUGCAGACCUCAUUGCAUAUUUGAAGGAAUCUACUGCUUCAUAAGUACUUCCCAGUAUUUUCAGCUAUGCUAUUCCAUUUUGCAGUUGUUGGAGAUUGAUUCCCACAGAGCGGUUUAGUACUAUUUUUUUACCAAUAAAUUGGACCAUUUUUUGGUUUGCGGUGCUCUUGUUGUUGGAGUAUUGCUUUCCAUUGCAUCUCUAGGAAGAGAUAACUGUAAUUGGCAACCGUAAAACUUAAUUCAGCAAGCCAUAUCAUUCUUACAAUUUUAUAAAUUUGGUGGAACACCAUUUUACUGA